CGUAUUGCGUUACAGACUUCACAGCUGUGCUUUCAAGAUGUCUGGCCGCGGGAAGGGCGGAAAGGGUCUAGGUAAGGGUGGCGCCAAGCGUCACCGUAAGGUAUUGCGUGACAAUAUCCAAGGAAUCACCAAGCCCGCCAUCCGCCGCCUGGCUCGCCGGGGCGGCGUCAAGCGUAUUUCUGGCCUCAUUUAUGAGGAAACUCGCGGAGUGCUGAAAGUUUUCCUGGAAAAUGUAAUCCGCGAUGCUGUCACCUACACGGAGCACGCCAAACGCAAGACAGUCACAGCCAUGGACGUGGUGUACGCGCUCAAGCGCCAGGGACGCACUCUGUAUGGCUUCGGCGGCUGAGCUUACCUCUACAGUACACUACGGCAAAACCAACGGCCCUUUUCAGGGCCACCUAUCCACUCAGGAGAAAGAGUAGUAGUCACUGCUAAAAAUGUAGUUUCACGUGUUUAGUAGCUCCGGUUUUCAAGUUAAAUGGUCUUAUUACGCCUUGGCUUCAUAUCUUACUGGCCAGUGAGGAUAGUGUAUUAAAGUUUAUUUUCACUCUUGCUGUGUCGCCCACGCUGGAGUAAUCAAUGGCGCGAUCUCGGCAAUCUGCAGUCUCCGCCUCCCGGGUUCAAACGAUUCUUGUGCCUCAGCCUCCUGCGUAGCUGGGGCAACCGGCUUGCGCCACCAACACCCGGCUAAUCUUUGUAUUUUUUGUAGCGAUGGGUUUUCGCCAUGUUUCCCAGGCUGGUCUUGAACUCAAGCUCAAAAGAGAUUUCCCUCCUCCGCCUCCGAAAGUGCUGGGAUUACAGACGUGAGCCACCACGCUCGGCCUGUGUUUUCUGUAUUUCUGUAAGGAGACAUGGCAAACAGCCGCUAACAUUCUUCAUGGCUAUCAGAGAAACAAGGUAGCAAAGACUGUAGCUGCUGGAGAAACAAGGUAGCAAAACCUGUAUCUCAGAAGGCAAGUGGUAAAGGCUGAUGCUGCCGUGAAGAAUAGUGAAAAAAAUGGAGGUAGCUACUAGUUCCUACCAAGGCAUUAUUAUAUGAAAGGAAGACAAAAUGGCAUUCAGAUGAUUAUUGGUGUGGGGGGAUGGGAGGUGUGUUGGAGGCACUUGACUGGCAAAUACAUUCUUUAAAGAAGAAAGUAGUAAUUACCGUGGGAGAAACAACCAUGAAAGUACAUAAGAUUCAACAUUUUUUAGUGGAAUGGGGAGAGGCCAACUUGUUUGGUUCUGUUCCUCUGAGCUGCCUUCCCUCCAGAUCUACUGAUUUUCUAUUGUUGAAUUUAAAAGGACUUUUUAUUUAUGUACCCGUGGCCAAUUUAAAGGUAUGUUGAACGAGUUCUUUUUUUGUUGUCCUUUUAUCUUAAAUAGUCUUAGACUUUAUUAUUAACACAAGUCAUUUUGCCUUAAAUCAUAGAUCAGGCUACUGUGGUUGCAUGAAUGGGCGUUUAAAACCGAGGUUGUCAUGAUUAAAUUCCCACCUUCUUUCCCUUUACACCUCAGGAAAUGAGACAAAAAUAAGCCAUUCCCUAGUGGGUUACUCCAGUCCUUACAAUCUCAGGACUAUCAGUAUGCUACUGUAUUAUUCGCUGUCCUCAAAAUGGAUUUUAAUUUGUGGAGAAUAUUGAGUAAACCCUUAUUUUUCCAAUAAAGUUUUUUCACUUUAUCAUAAUAAAAAGAAAGCUGGACAGGUGGCUAUCUAGCAAGAGACAACAUUUCCUGGUCUUUCUGGGAGCAGAUGUAAGCAUGUGGCUACAUUAUUUCCAACACAGGUGAGACACAUAGAAAAGUUACUACCAGGUCUGGGCUUUGAAACUUCCAUGUUACCUUCUUCCCCAACUAUAAUGGUAUUGAUUUCAUUUUGAGCAAUUAGAGAACAUCAGGCCCUAGGAGAUGACAGAACAUUGACUUGGAAGGAACGAAAUUUCCUGAUUGAUCACAAGGAGCAGAGCUGCUUCACAAAGCUGGGCUAAUCACAGUGGAUUUGUUCCAUGAAACAAAAAUAUCUGUCUUUAAGCUUAUUUAUUGUUGAGUCUCUUUGUAAGCAGCAUAACUUUAUCACACAAAAUUCAGUUUUGUUACUAAACUUAUUUAGUAUUGUGGAAUGUCCUUCCAUUGACCUGAAAGCCCUUUACAGAAAAGCUGAUGCCAAAUGAGCCUGUCGACUUGGUAUCACCUCUGUUGGGUUCCAUUAUAGACAGAACAGAGUGGGGCUAAUUACAAUUAGAGAUCAGGCAAGGCACGUGGCUCACGCCUGUAAUCCCAGCUCUUUGGGAGGCCAAGGUGUGUGGAUCACUUGAGGUCAGGAGUUUGAGACCCUCCUGGCCAACACGGAGAAACCUUGUCUCUAAUAAAAAUACAAAAAUUAGCCGGGCAUGCUGGCACAUGCUUGUAGUCCCAGCAACUUCGGGGUCACAGAGUGAGACUCU